CAAAAGCAGCCGUUUAUAUCAUGGGUUGUUGCCUCGUUCCCACACAUUUUGCUCCUAAUUAACGUCCUGCUGGACAGCUGAGCUGUUUCAAACAGGAAGCUGUUUAUAGAUAACGCUUGCAAACGGUUGGGCCUGAUUUGCUGGAUGGUCGAAGAGCAGCAGUUGAGCCCACUUCAAAUUAAAACCUAUCGGACUUUUGUAAAUAGUAGCAAUGAGGUCCAUCUGUGGUGCAGUGCCCUUUCAGUCAGCAGCUCAGCUACAGUGCCUCUUCUCUCAGCAAAUCUAAGCCUUGCAUUCCUGUCUCUUCCAAGAUCUGGAUAUGCUCAGCAUAUUGCAGAGGAAUCCUGCUCUGUUCAGAUUCUGGUUCCAGGCCUCAAAGGGGAAAAUGGAGAAAAGGGGGAAAAAGGUGCUCCAGGCCGUCCUGGGCGAGUUGGACCUCCAGGGGAAAAAGGAGAAGUGGGAGACAAAGGGCAGAAAGGUAGCAUGGGGCGACAUGGAAAAGUUGGUCCCUUAGGCUCAAAAGGACAAAAAGGAGAUAAUGGAGAUAUAGGUCCACCUGGUCCUAAUGGAGAUCCAGGUAUUCCUUGUGAAUGUGGCCAGCUACGAACAGCCAUUGGUAAAAUGGAUAAUCAAGUGACCCUGCUGACAACAGAGCUGAAGUUCAUUAAAAAAGCACUGCCCUCCCCCGCAGCUGUUGCUGGUGUGCGUGAGACAGAUAAUAAGACAUACCUGCUGGUGAAAGAACAGAAGCGGUAUGUGGAUGCCCAGCUCUACUGCCAAGGAAGAGGAGGGACACUGAGCAUGCCCAAGGAUGAAGCCACCAAUAAUCUCAUUGCUUCUUACAUCAAUCAAGCUGGCCUCAGCCGAGUUUUCAUUGGCAUUAAUGACCUUGAGAAGGAAGGCAGCUUUGUCUACUCUGACCGAUCCCCUAUGCAGACCUUCAACAAGUGGAGCACCGGUGAACCAAAUAAUGCGUAUGAUGAGGAGGACUGUGUAGAAAUGAUCACCUCUGGGGGCUGGAAUGAUGUGGCUUGUCACAUUACAAUGAAUUUUGUAUGUGAAUUUGACAAAGAAAAUGUUUAAUAAAGUUUCCCCCUGCCAGGCUCUCUAUAUGCAUUUCUUUGGGGAAAGUUCAAUAAUUUGGUCCCACAAUUAUUGUAAUCAGUACUCCAAUUUCUGGAUUGAUUUUAUAUGGAAGUUGGUUUCUUGUUUAUGAGAUCCUUUGUAUCAGAGUGUAAAACUAUCCCACGGUAGUUUUAUCCUCAUCCAUCCUUUUAUUCACAUUUUUUUCAAGCAAUCCCACCUAUCAACACAUACAUAAUUAAAAAGUUUUGUUAAAAUUUUUCUUUCUUUUGUGCAGGUCUUGAGUAUGGACCUUUCCCUCUAUACUUGUGAGUAUAGUGGGGUACAGGUAAGAGAAAAGUAAUGUAGGAAAUAAACCGUAUUUAUUAGAUAUGGCUAUAGUUACCCACUAUGGAGAAGGGUGGUAUUAUAUCUCAUGUGUUUACUUCGUUCUUAUUUGGCAUUAGGUUUUGGUUUUGUUAAUAAUAAACCCAUUUAUGGUGUUUUAAUCUUAGAAAAACUCAUUUUUUCAGGAUGACUUAGAAGUAACUGUUUUGUCAUUUUACCUGCAGAAAACAUGAAACCACAAUAUGUCUACUGGUUUUGCCUCAAAAAAUUAUAUUGGUGUGUGUCAGUAUAUACACAUGCAGGGAAUCACAUUGUUUAGCUUUCCAUGCAACAGGUAAAAGUGCGAAAUAUCUCUUGCAUAGCUGAAGAUAUGUGGCUGAAGAUAGGUUCAUUCCUGUGCAAUACACAAAGAGGUAUCUAACAAUGUAAUAAACUGUUUUACAUAGCAAAACUACUCAGAAAUCCACUAAUGUUUGAAAUGAAGAUUUUUAUCAUUUUAAUAGGACUUUGUAAAAAUGCUUCCCAGCUGAUUACCGUCUGUAAUCUGGAUAGAAAUUGGCACAUAGGAACAUAAAAAAAACUUUUAAGCCCAGCAUCGAGAAGUUAUUGAACAAUGGUAGUAAAAUGUAAAUAUCAGGAAAAGCAAUAAAAGAUGUUGGUUUGUAAACUAACCCUAACCCCAAUUACUCCUAAUGUGAUGGGUUAUAAUAUGUUUAGAAAUAUAUAUCAGUAUUGUACAGCUGUAAAUAUAAUCUAGGUAUUUCUAGGUAUUUCAAAUAUCAAUUCCCCUUAGAAGAGCAGUGAUGACACAAUUUGCAUUCCUGAAAUAAAUAUGGCCCACAUUCAGGCAAUGCUUAGCUAUUUGAAAUCACUGGGCUUAAACUUAGUUCUGUCCAGAAACCUAUACCUUGAGCCAAAAACCCCACUUUCUUCACUUUUGAGAUGAAUAAAAGAUAUACAAUUCUUUUAGGAUAUUUAAAUAAUAUGUCUAUGAUUUCCAUGUUUACACA